UGUGGUCGCGUAGAGAAGUACCGCUCCUCUCUUAGUUAGUUUUAACUUAGUGGCGUAGUUGUAACGUAGCUAAACCCACUACUUUGCAAUUAUGAUCAUGGAUGCCGCCGUCACCGUGGAAAACCCCGUCGGGUCCCCAAGUGAGGUGCCCAACGACCCAGGCAAAAUGUUCAUCGGUGGCCUGAGCUGGCAAACUACAGCAGAGGGCCUGAGGGAGUAUUUUAGCAAGUUUGGAGAUAUUAAUGAAGUUAUGGUGAUGAAGGACCCCACCACACGCCGAUCCAGGGGUUUCGGGUUUGUUACCUUCAGUGACCCGUCGAGCGUGGACAAGGUGUUGGCUCUCGCGGCACACGAACUCGACGGCAAAAAGAUGGUGACACGGACGAAGAAGAUAUUUGUGGGCGGCCUCUCGGCACCCACCACGCUAGAGGACGUCAAGAAUUACUUCGAGCAGUUUGGCAGGGUAAGCGCAGGAGCGACCUCUGGCAGCAACGGCAGACCUGUAAUAGAGGAUGCGAUGCUAAUGUUCGACAAACAGACCAACAGACACAGAGCAAUUUGCGUCGUUUCUCUAUCGUAUCCUCAUUCAUACUCGUAA